UAAUGGAUAUUGUACGUUGGGGACUGUAUGGAAAUAUCUACACAGAAACUUAUGAACACUUUUCAGAUGGUGGACCAAAAUGUUAUUAGGAUAUGACAAAUACAUUUCGUAUUUCCAUCUCUACAAUUUCUGCCAUAAUUUGCAUUCUUGUGAUGAGUAUUAAUUUGAUCAGAUGAAGAAAAAUGCUGGGCUAAAAUAAAAUAUUCAUAGGAAUUGACAAGAGCAAUGGGAAAGAAACCUAAUAUUUUUGAAUAUUUAGUUGGAUUAGCAUGUUGGGGUACUUUUGCUGUUCAAACUGGAUAUAAAUUGUAUACAGGAAGGGGUAAAUGUGAGAAUAAGACAAUUACAUAGGUGUGUUUAUGAAUAACCCAUGUCAUAUAGUGUUAUUGAUGUAAGGAUAUGUCUUAUUGACAAAAAAACAUAAAUUUAGUGCUAUCCUUUUUAUUUGUCAAUUAAGAUGGUUAUAUGGUGUAUUUGCAGUAUUGAAUUGUUCUGUUAAUUAAAGGCAUUAAAAUUCCCAGUUAUAACAGGCUUAGAAUUGCCUCUAGAAGUAGAAUUCUUUUGGAUAGAGCAUCUUCUUGGAGCUUUUGCAGGUCCUUUGGUAUUGACAUUAAGUGGAAGAUUUUUCUUUUUUGAAUGGAAGACAUUCUUUAUACAUUAGAUGUUUGGAUGGGAAUCUCAUGUUCUUUAUUAAAGAGUAAGGAAUAUAUUUAAGUUUAGAUUUAUAUGUUACCAAUUUCAUUGAUGACUUGGGCUAAUUUAAAUUUUAUGCUUUGUAGACCAGAUCAUGAUCCAUUUGUUCCAUACAUAGGAAAUUGGUAUUAUGUAUUUUCAGAAUUCUACUUAAACUUGGUUAGUAUUAUAGCAUUUGUUAUUGUGUUCAUAUUAACUUGGGUUUUAAGGAAAAUCAUAAGAUAUAAAGAAAAAUAAGAUUGAAU